AAAUUCGCCAGCUUCCAGUUCCAAGUUCAAACUGUUUUUUUAUGUUCUCUUCUUUGUGUUCUCUGCACUAGUUGCAAGAAAAUGGCGGAUGAAAUCAGAUUCUUCGAACUAAACACGGGAGCUAAGAUCCCCUCUGUUGGGCUCGGCACUUAUGCUGUUACUAGAAAUACUGUCGCUACUGCCGUCAAGGUUGGGUAUAGACACCUAGAUUGCGCUUCUAUCUAUGGCAAUGAGAAGGAGAUUGGUUUUGCUUUAAAGGAGUUAUUUGAUGAUGGUGUAGUAAAGCGUGAGGACUUAUUUAUCACCUCCAAGCUCUGGUGCACCCAUCACUUGCCUGAGGAUGUACCAGAGGCUUUAAAUAAAACUUUGGAAGACUUGCAGCUUGACUAUGUUGAUCUCUACCUGAUACACUGGCCAAUCAGUUUGAAAAAGGUUUCGGUUGGAGUUCUGCCCGAAAACUUAACUCAACCUGACAUAUCCGGUACAUGGAGAGCAAUGGAAGCACUGUAUGAUUCUGGUAAGGCUCGGGCUGUUGGUGUGAGUAAUUUCUCUGCGAAGAAGCUCGGAGAUCUGUUGGAAGUAGCACACGUAGUUCCUGCCGUCAAUCAAGUGGAACUUCACCCUGUAUGGCAGCAGCCUAAGCUGCAUGAAUAUUGUCAUUCCAAGGGAAUUCACUUGUCUGGAUAUUCACCAUUGGGUAGCCAAGCUGGAGAAAAUAUGAGGAGAAAAGUUCAGGAAAACCCGGUUCUUAAAAUGGUCGCAGAGCGAUUGGGGAAAUCUCCGGCACAAGUGGCUCUCCGUUGGGGACUUCAAAGGGGCCACAGUGUACUGCCUAAGAGCAAUAGUGAGGCAAGGCUGAAGGAAAACCUUGAUGUUUUUAACUGGUCUAUCCCAGACGAUCUGUUUGCCAAGUUUUCUGAAAUCGAGCAGGAGAAGCUAAUUAGAGGCAGUAAUUUUGUACACCCGACUUAUGGUGCAUACAGGACCACUGAAGAACUCUGGGAUGGUGAAAUCUGAGUCGACAUGCUACUAACUUUCAGUGAUUAUGUCUACCUGCAUGUAACUGAAUCUAAGACAUUAGUAUCAUUAAUGCAUAUAUUAUAUGGGGGUAUUUAGAGCGGACUCGUUGUAAACGAUAAUGAAAUUCAUCACUUCAUGGUGAGUUUGCUUUGCUAAUUGCAACUUUGGGUCAUUGAAAGUGAGACUCAGCUAAAAA